GGCCUUUUUUAUAAAGUGCUUCCGUCAAAGACUCUCGCCUUCAAAGGCGAAGCCUGUAGUGGUGGAAAACACAGUAAAGAUCGCAUUACUGUGCUGGUGGGUGCCAACAUGGCAGGUGAUGAGAAGUUGAAGCUUUUAGUAAUAGGAAAGUCGAAGCACCCACGUUGUUUCAAGGGCGUUCGACACCUUCCCGUUACGUACAAUGCUAACGGAAGAGCCUGGAUGACUAUGACAAUUUUUGAAAACUGGCUACGGGAGGAAGAUGCAAGAUUUACGAGGCAAGGCAGGAAGGUUGUCUUGAUCGUGGAUAAUUGUCCUGCCCAUGGUCAGGUUGAUGGACUCAAGUCCAUCAGUCUCGAGUUCUUGCCAGCCAAUGUAACUGCAGUGAUCCAGCCAAUGGAUCAAGGGGUAAUACAAAACAUAAAAGUUCAUUACCGCAGACAGCUGCUCCACCGAAUGCUGCUUUGUGCAGACACUGGCAAGAGCUAUAAUGUAGAUUUGUUGGCUGCCAUUCACAUUUUGGCCCACGCCUGGGAGCAAGUACAGGCAACAACCAUACAGAGGUGCUUCCACCAUGCGGGCUUUCAAGCUCAAGAACCAUUACCUGAUGAAGAGGAAAGCCUGGCUGAUGCUGACGCUGAUGCAGUAUUUAAUCAGGCUGUGCCCUCUGCCCCCUUCACACGACAGGACUAUGAGACUAUUGAUGAAAGUGUUCAAACCUGUCGCGAGGAGACGCUUGAGGAACUGAUUGCCGAAGUGCAAGCUGACGAUCAACCUUCCUCCAGCGAUGAAUGUGAUGAUGUCAUUCCCAGUGCAGUGGUGCCACCGGACAGUGCAGCUAAGGAGGCUGUUGAACUUUUGCAGCGCUAUUUUGAGCAUGAGGGUUGUCCUGAAUUUCUGUCUAGCUUGUCAGGCAUGGGUGCUUACUUUGUGAAGAAGCAGCUCAAGCAUGCCAAGCAAACCACACUUCACUCCUUUUUUUCUCCUACUCAUCCCGAUAAGUAAGCUAGGGUUGGUGCAAAUGAAAUAAAGUUUUUGGUUCAUGAAA